GAGCUACCCUUAUCCUAACAGAAACUGAAGAGCAUACUGCUCUCGCCAAUGGCGUUAAUGGCGCUCACCAUUGCUUCUCUUCCAAUUGCUUCCGCCUCUGCUUCUCUUUCUUUCUCUCGUUCUUGUUCCCCUACUGUUAUUCCCCUAUCUUCCUCAAUAUCUCUCACCUCCUCAAUUCAACCACUAAUUUAUUGCGGAAGAGGAGACAAGAAGACUGCUAAAGGAAAGCGAUUCAAUCACUCCUUUGGGAACGCAAGACCAAGGAACAAGAAGAAGGGCAGAGGACCACCCAGGGUGCCAGUGCCACCAGCCCCACCGAGGAAGGACCGCUUCGACGACGGUGAGGUUGUUAAGAUUGAGAUUAACGAGUCUCUCUUCUCUGAUAAUUGAAACAUUUGUUUGCUUUUCUUGUUUCAUGUUGUUGGGAAACUUUCUCUGUUGUAUUGUUUGCUUUAGUUCCCUAUUGGAGAACAAUCAAAUUUCUGAAAUGGUAAAUACGCCAUUUGAAUGGUUUUAAUAUCC